CUUUUUAAUAUCUAGUUUAAGGAAGAAAUCUCUAAGCGUUUCAAGUCCCACACUGAUCAACUUGUAUUAAUAUUUGCUGGAAAAAUUUUAAAAGAUCAAGAUACUCUGACCCAACAUGGGAUUCACGAUGGACUCACUGUACACCUUGUCAUCAAAACACAAAACAGAUCACAGGAUCAUUCAGUUCAGCAAACUAACACCACAGGGAGUACUUCUACCACAACAACAUCAAGCAGUAGUAGUACCUCCACACCAGCGUCAACAAACAGCAGCCCUUUUGGUUUGGGUGGCCUCGGAGGACUUGCCAGUUUGAGUGGCCUGGGACUGAACACAUCUAACUUUUCAGAGUUACAAAGUCAGAUGCAGCGACAGCUCAUGUCCAACCCAGAAAUGAUGGUUCAGAUAAUGGAAAAUCCCUUUGUUCAGAGCAUGCUUUCGAAUCCUGACCUGAUGAGACAAUUGAUUAUGGCCAAUCCUCAAAUGCAGCAAUUGAUACAGCGAAAUCCAGAGAUUAGUCACAUGCUUAAUAAUCCAGAUAUAAUGAGACAAACAUUAGAACUAGCAAGAAACCCUGCAAUGAUGCAAGAAAUGAUGAGAAACCAAGACCGAGCCUUGAGCAACCUUGAGAGUAUACCAGGUGGAUACAAUGCUUUGCGACGCAUGUAUACAGAUAUUCAGGAGCCAAUGUUGAAUGCAGCCCAAGAACAGUUUGGAGGUAACCCAUUUGCUUCCUUGGUAAGCAGUGUAUCGUCAGGUGGGGACAGUCAGCCAUCUCGUACAGAAAACAGAGACCCUUUACCAAAUCCUUGGGCUCCUCAAUCUAGUUCUCAGAGUUCUACAACCGGUAGCAGCAACAGUGGUGAAACUGGGGGCAGUAGUAGCAUUGGAAAUAGCACUACCAGCAGUACAGGACCAGGCUCAACCAUGCCUAAUUUGGGACCUGGAGCUGGAGCUGGUAUGUUCAACACUCCAGGAAUGCAGAGCUUGUUGCAACAAAUAACGGAAAAUCCACAGCUUAUGCAGAAUAUGUUGUCUGCACCUUAUAUGAGAAGCAUGAUGCAGUCACUAAGUCAGAACCCUGAUCUUGCAGCACAGAUGAUGCUGAAUAAUCCCUUAUUUGCUGGAAAUCCUCAGCUUCAGGAACAAAUGAGACAACAACUGCCAACUUUCCUUCAACAAAUGCAGAACCCUGACACGCUGUCAGCAAUGUCAAACCCUAGAGCAAUGCAAGCUUUGUUACAGAUUCAGCAGGGCUUGCAGACACUAGCAACAGAAGCACCUGGGCUUAUACCAGGAUUUAAUCCUGUUGUAGGAGGAUUAGGAAGCACUGGAGGUCCUACAGGGACAACCGUACCUAGCUCCAUCCCCAGUGAGAAUACAAGUCCAGCCUCAGGACUCACUGAACCUGGUCACCAACAAUUUGUUCAGCAAAUGUUGCAGGCUCUUGCCAGUGCAAAUGCUCAGCAGUUGCAAAAUCCAGAAGUCAGAUUUCAGCAACAACUGGAGCAGCUCAGUGCAAUGGGCUUCUUGAAUCGUGAAGCAAACUUACAAGCUCUAAUAGCAACUGGAGGAGAUAUCAAUGCAGCUAUUGAGAGGCUACUGGGCUCCCAGCCAUCAUAGCAACAUUUCUUUAACUUGAAAAAUGUAAUUUAUUUUUGAUAACAGCUCUGAAAUCUUUAAAAUACCUGCUUUAUUUCAGUCUGACUCUUGGGAUUGUCUUGUUAAUAACAAAUAACAAGCCAGUCUGAUGCAUUUUAAGGUGGAGUGCAGUAGUUUUCUUUGAACAGUGGGAAUCAAUGCUUUUUUCACUCAGUUGUUGCAUGCAUCAAACACUUCUUUGUUCUGCAUUAAUUGUGAUUUUUUUUUUUUAAACAACUAUUAUCCUUCACAGUUGAAUGAACAGGUUUGUCUGGCCUGCAAUUGUCCAAUUUACUACUUAAACAUUAGCUUUGGGUAGUAAUUUAUGUAGAAUACAAACUAUUAAAAAAAACAAAUUAAAGCUAUGAUUUGUGGGUAUCAAAACUGCUUUUUGUGACUUCAGCAUGUAUUUUUUGCUAGUAAAAUGCUGUAAGAUUUAUACCAGUUGAUUUAAUCUAUCAUCUUUUAUUUUAUUUGUAUAAAAUAUACACACCAUAUACACAUUGGAAACAUCUUGCAUCUAGGAACUUACACAUUGUAAUAGAACAAAUAUAUAUAACAAAAAAUGCCAGAACAAAUAAAACUGACACAUUUCCUUGUGCAGAAACAUCAGAUUUUUGGUAAACAUCUCUCAGCAAAAGAGCUUAGGAAAGUUCAUUGAAAAUAUUCCAUAAUUAUUGAUCUAAUUAUCUCUAAAUGUACAUCUAACUGUACAGAAACCUGCAUUGUAAUAUUGUCUCAGUAUUCACAAGGAUUGACUGUAAAUUAUCUUAAUCUUUGUGCAGAUAGAAGGAGCACUAUUGUUAUGCUCUGAUACUGCUUCUAAGGCUUUUUGGCUUCUCAUUGAGAUUCUAACAUGCAUUAUGAUUUGUAAUUGGAAGAAUUACUUUCACUGACAGUGUCAUGUGAUAUUCUAAUUACUUUUAACCACCAUGUAAAAAUACUGUAUAUCUUCUGAGGUUUUAUUGGUAGCUAUUUCUCUUGUGCACAGGUAAUAAAUGAAUUAAAAAUUCUUUGUGAGCAA